UAGCCCUUUCUCCGGCCAACUGUCAAUCACUUUUCAGCGGGGGAUAGGAAACUGACAUCUUCACUGUUGAUUUUCCUUCAAACGUUCAAGUUCAAACGGUUUUGUGAUUCUUAUCCGCAGCAACAUUUUCCAGCAGCAAAAUGAACCGACUUUCCCGCUGGCUUGGCCGGCUGACGCUGCGUUCCAGCACGAAGACGCGAUUCCCGCAGCAGCAUCAAUGGAACCUGCACAAGAAAGUGACCACAACGUACUCCUUCGACUCGGUGGAUUACGAGGAAAUUGGGUUGCCGACUAGGUUCGAAGAACCGCCGCGUGUGGCCGAGGGGCAAGACACUCGAAAAUCAUUUUGGAGCCGUUUCACCCGAAGCAAUCUCUUCAAAAGCAAACAGGAGAAAUCGCCUAAAUCGUCGCGAUCUUUUAGCUGGCUUCCGGGCGUAGCCCGUCCUUCUCCGGAAGCAUUAAUUCUUCAGGAACAACUCCAAGAGGACCGCAACCAGCUGGCGCGGACGCGCCUCAACGAGUCCGAUUUGAAGAAACGUCGCGGCUACUUUUGUGCCACAAACAGGCCGCUGAUUUGCGUGUGCGACUGCCCGGUGGGUACGUACAGCCGGAUCCGGCCGGCGGAGGACCGUCCGGCGGUGCCGAGCCCGACGUCCUGGGACGCCCGGUGGGUGUUUUCGACGGAUUUGGAGCGACUGGAGGUGGAGUCUUACGAGAGGAUCGAAAGAAUGCUGUACGCUUAGAGAUUUUUUUUAGGUUUAGUUUUAAGGUGGUUAAAAGUUACGCAAAGUUAGGGUAAGGGAGGGUGAUUUUGCUUUUGUAGAAAUAGUCAUUUCUGUUUAUUGAAGUAUGAAUGAUUUUAUUUCUGCUUUAGUGAUUUGUAGUUUUGAUAUUCGGUAAGAUAUUGUUGAUAUUUUUUGUUUAACAUUUUAUGAAACAGCUUCUAUUUGAACGUUGCCUAAAACGUUUCCUUACAGCAAAUAAGCUAGAUUAUAACGUCGAACGUUGCUCUAGUCUAGUUGUAGUUGUGGCAAAAACAGAGUAAAAUCAACAGCAAAAUAAAACAAAACUUAAAAUUCCAA